CGGUACUUUCAAGGAAUAACUAAAAAGUAUGGCUUUGGCCAAAAGAACUUACAUACAAUUUGGAGGGACUUUGUUUUCUCUGGCAGGAUUGAUUUUGUCCUGUGUUACCACAUAUGUGCCUCUCUGGAAAAACUUGAAUCUAGAUUUGAAUGAAUUAGAAAACUGGACCAUGGGACUCUGGCAGACUUGCGUUGUUCAAGAAGAAGGAGGAAUGCAAUGCAAAGACUUUGAUUCUUUCUUGGCUCUUUCAUCAGAGUUCAGGAUUUCAAGGAUUUUGAUGUGCCUAUCCAAUGGUUCUGGGAUGCUUGGACUUGCCAUCUCCAGUCUUGGUUUAGAAUGUGUGAAAUUUGGAGCAGGAAAUCAGGAGCUGAAGAAUCGACUCUUGCUUCUAGGAGGCAUAAUGCUUUGGACUUCAGGACUAAGUGUCUUAGUUCCAGUCUCAUGGGUGGCUUAUGACACUGUUCAGGAGUUUUGGGAUGAAUCUAUCCCAGACAUUGUCCCAAGAUGGGAGUUUGGUGAAGCUCUUUUCAUGGGUUGGUUUGGAAGUUUUUUUCUUUUCCUUGGUGGAUCUCUUCUCGCCUUCUCCUACUGCUUUACAUCUUCUGACUUAUCAUCUGUAUCUUACAAGCCUACCAAGCAGCAUGAACAAUGUUUAUCAGUGGACUCAAAAUAUCCAGAUCUGACUAUAUGAUACUUAAUAGGUAUUAUUUAGCUAUGGAUCUCAAACCAUGUGUAAAUGAGUCUCUAAUACAUGUUUAUCUUUAAAAAAAAUUUUUAUCUUUCAUUGGAAGUGACAUUGCUAGUCAUUCGUAAGACUUGGCCAUGUGCAAGUCAGUAUUAUUACUACUUUUGAUGUAUUUGAUGUUGGUUCUUCAGAAAGAGUCGAGCAACCUUGCAAAAUAUGCCUUUGAUCUUGAAGUCCAGAGUCAUAUUAUGUAAUACAAAAAAAAAAAUCUUAUGUCAUUCUUCCCGUGGUUUCAUCUUCCAUGUUGGUUAAGCUUGUGCAUUCAUAUUAUAAAUACAUGCACCAUCAACAAUGAUGCUCAGGUGCUGCAUUCCAUUUUAUACGUAUUAAUAUUAAUGAUUCAGCUUGUCUCUUAACACAUUUGGUACAGUUCAUACCUUUCAUCCACUGUCCAUAAUUUCAGUUAAAAGUAGCGUUUGAUCAAAAUAACCCUAAUUAUGUGAAAUUUAGGAUUAUUACACUGACAAAUCAUAAUAGGACUGACAUAAAACGAAUAAAGGAUGGAGAUUUCUCCCACUUUUCACUUUAUUUAACAUUUGAAAUCAUCUUUGAUAUCUUGCAAUAUAUUCUGAGCCUUUUUACAGUGUUACUGACAAUUUGAAGUUUUUUUCUUUUUUUUCCAAUGUUUAAUACAAAAAAAAACCAUUUAAUUCAUCCUUGCAUAUGUCCUCCAUCUGUGUGACAUACAAACAUUUGUAAUUUUUAUGUUUAAGUUUUCCUAAUUUUGCUAAGUCUUUGGGUUCAGUCUUUGAGACUGAUUACAGGUCAGUUAAUCUUAUUAGCUUCAAAGGAGUCAAGUUCACUUAUAAUCUGUCCUUGUUAUUUGUAUCC